UCUGGUUAUUUCUGUGCAAGAUUAUAUAAAACUAUGAAAGGUAUACAAUGGAAGAGUGCAGCAUUCCAAACGGCCAUGUUUUAUCCAGGAAUGGUGUUUGGUGUUUGUUUCUUGAUCAAUUUCUUCCUCUGGGGCAAACAUUCAUCUGGAGCAGUACCAUUUACAACUAUGUUAGCUCUACUAUGUUUAUGGUUUGGUAUUUCCACACCAUUGGUAUAUCUGGGAUUUUAUUUUGGUUUUAGGAAACAG